UGUGUCGAUGGUUGUGGAGAGCGAUGGUCAGCCCUAGGUGAGCACUGUCCCCGUCUGUUCCCCAGCUGGGAUGGAGUGGGUUGCUGCCGUCGCGCUCCUCUGGACUGUCUGUGGCGCGUCUCCGCCGGACGUCAGCCCUGGACUGCAAACGCUGACCAUCGCCGUGGUCCUACCCCAGAACAACACUGCCUACCCAUGGACCUGGCAGAGGGUGGGCCCGGCCAUCCGCCUGGCCAGGGACGCCAUCAACCGCGACCCCGCCUUGCUGCCGGGCCACCGCCUCCGCUAUGUCUUCGGCAACUGCGAGGACAACCAGGGCAUCUGCUCCGAGAGCAUCGCCCCGCUGGUGGCCAUGGAACUCAAGUUCACCAACGACCCCGACGUCUUCGUGGGGCCGGGCUGCGUCUACGCGGCGGCCCCGGUGGCCCGCUUCACUGGCCACUGGAAGAUCCCAAUGGUGACGGCGGGAGCCCCGGCUUAUGGCUUCACCCAGAAGUCACGCGAGUACCCGCUGCUGACCAGGAGUGGGCCUUCGCACGGCAAAUUGGGGGAGUACGUGGCCCACCUCCACCGGCGCUUCAACUGGACCAGGAGAGCCCUGAUCAUCUACAACGACGAGAAGGUCGAUGACCGCCCCUGCUUCUUCGCCGUGGAGGGCCUCUACCAGGAGGUGCUGGCCUUCAAGAACCUGACCGUGGUCUACAUCCCCUUCAAGGAGAGCAAGACCGUUGACUACGACUACCUCAUCCAGGAGAUCAUACAGAAGGGCCGCAUUGUGUACAUCUGCUGCUCUCCCAACACCUUCCGCCAGCUGAUCCUGAACGCCAGGCGGGCAGGCAUGACGGGCGGGGACUUCGCCUUCUUCCACGUGGACGUAUUUGGGGAAAGCCUGCAGAGGGUGCCGCUGUUGCCGUGGAGACGAUGGGAUGAGGACGACCCCGAGAGCAAGGAGGCCUACGCGGCUGUGAUGAUUAUAACCUACAGGGAACCUGAGAACCCCGAGUAUGGACAAUUUGUACAGGACCUGAAGCAUUACGCUGCUCAGUUCUUCAACUUCACCAUUGAGAAUACGCUGAUGAAUUACAUUGCGGGCUCUUUCUACGACGGCAUUAUGUUGUAUGCCCACGCUCUCAACGAGACGCUGGCACGAGGGGGCACAACAAGGGAUGCCGUGGCAAUCACCAAGCAGAUGUGGAAUCGAACCUUCCGAGGAGUGACAGGAUUUCUGAAGAUGGAUGAAAAUGGAGAUCGAGAGAAUGACUACUCACUCUGGGACAUGAUUGACACAGAGUCUGGAACUUUCCAGGUGGUAGAGCACUACAACGGGACCAUGAAGAGGAUCCUGCCCAUCUCCGGGCUGGAGAUUCACUGGCCUGGGAACGCAGUGCCCGAGGACGUUCCUCACUGCGGCUUCGACAAUGAAAAUCCUGCCUGUCAGAAAGGAAGAGCAUUCUCAAUGCUCGAAGUCUUAUCCAUCAUCGUCAUUCUGAUUCUUCUCAUCAUCACGAGCAGCUCGAUUCUGGCCUACAGGAGGUUUCGGCUGGAGAAGGAGCUGGCCAGUGAGCUGUGGCGCAUCCGUUGGGAGGACAUCCAACUGAGUAACCUGGAAAAGAACCUCCGAAGUGCAGGCAGCAGGCUGACCCUCUCACUGCGAGGCUCAAACUUUGGUUCUUUCCUCUCGAAUGAAGGCCAGUACCAGGUUUAUGCCAAGACAGGAUAUUACAAGGGAAAUAUAGUGGCCAUUAAGCACAUCAAUCGGAGGAGAGUGGAGCUGACUCGCAACGUCCUCUUUGAGCUCAAGCACAUGAGGGAUGUGCAAAACGAACAUCUGACACGAUUCAUUGGGGUCUGCAUCGAUCUCCCGAACAUCUGUAUCGUCACAGAGUACUGUCCCCGGGGGAGUUUACAGGACAUUCUGGAAAAUGAGAGCAUUACCCUGGACUGGAUGUUCCGAUAUUCCCUGAUCAAUGACAUUGUCAAGGGAAUGGCGUUCCUCCACAACAGCGUCAUCGGUUGCCACGGGAACCUCAAGUCCUCCAACUGUGUGGUGGACAGCAGAUUCGUGCUGAAGAUUGCAGACUAUGGACUGGCCACCUUCCGGUGCGCCCUCACCUCCGAGGACCAGCAUUUGCUCUAUGCCAAGAAGCUGUGGACUGCCCCGGAGAUCCUGCGGAUGGAGAGCCCUCCCACAGGAACACAGAAGGGAGACGUGUACAGUUUCGGCAUCAUCCUGCAGGAGGUCGGACUCCGGAAGGGACCCUUCUUCAUCGAGAGCAUGGAGCUGAGUCCCAAAGAAAUUAUCGAGAAGGUGAAGGGUCACAAGCGGCCCCCCUUCCGCCCGAGCACAGACACGAGCUUGGAGGAGAUCAGUCUGUUGAUGCAGCGCUGUUGGUCAGAGGAUGUCCUCGAGAGGCCUGACUUCAACCAGAUCAAAGUCCUCCUGCGUAAACUCAACAGGGAGAACAGCUCCAACAUACUGAACAACCUGCUGUCGAGGAUGGAGCAGUACGCCAACAACCUGGAGGAGUUGGUGGAGGACCGGACGCAGGCGUACCUGGAGGAGAAGCGGAAGGCUGAGGCACUGCUCUACCAGAUCCUGCCGCACUCGGUGGCCGAGCAGCUGAAGAGGGGCGAGACAGUCCAAGCUGAGGCAUUCGACAGUGUCACCAUCUACUUCAGCGACAUCGUGGGGUUCACGGCCAUGUCUGCCGAGAGCACUCCCAUGCAGGUGGUGACGUUACUCAAUGAUCUCUACACCUGCUUUGAUGCUAUUAUCGACAACUUCGAUGUUUACAAGGUGGAGACGAUCGGAGAUGCCUACAUGGUGGUGUCUGGCCUGCCGGAGCGGAACGGGAAGCUCCAUGCCCGGGAAGUGGCCCGGAUGUCCCUCGCCCUACUGGAGGCUGUCAAAACGUUCAAAACUCGCCAUCGGCCAGACCAGCAGCUGAGGCUCAGGAUUGGAAUCCAUACGGGGCCAGUGUGCGCAGGUGUGGUGGGAUUAAAGAUGCCUCGCUAUUGCCUGUUUGGGGACACGGUGAACACGGCCUCUCGCAUGGAGUCCAACGGUGAAGCCCUUAAGAUCCACAUUUCCUCCGCCACAAAGGACGUGCUGGAGCAGUUCAGCUGUUUUGUGGUUGAGUUGCGAGGCGAUAUUGAAAUGAAGGGGAAGGGGAAGAUGAGAACAUACUGGCUGCUGGGAGAGCAGCCUGCCAGCGGCCAUGGCUGAGAGUUCACAGCUUCCCCCACCACCCUCUGGGUCUCACACAGCCUGUCCUCCAUGUGACUGGUGAUCUCGGUGUUAUGGGGAGCCCAUCUCAGGAGUGCACUGACCCCGAGUCAGUUGGUACUGCUCUGGAGCGGGAGGCACGAAUGCCUCUGCCCAGUCCUGACUCUCUC